AUGCCAUCAAUAAUCAGCCCUCUUUUGUUGGCGACUGUGUUGCUAGACCUGGUCGGCGCAAUCAACAUUUUUGUGUCGCAUUAUUCGGGAACAGUCCAAACUUUGACUUUGACACCAAAGACUGAUGGAUCGUACUCGCUCACAACAAACAGUUCCGUAAAUGUUGGAGGACAACCAAGUUGGAUGACGUUCGACCCAACAAGCCGGACGAUAUACAAUUCCGAUGAAACGGGAAGUGGAAGUGCAAUCUUGACUUCGGUUUCGGCUGCCAAAGAUGGAAAGUUAUCGCUGAGCGGGAAAGCGACAGGGCUGUCCUUGGGUGGUGUACACAACACUCUUUAUGGACCUGGUUAUAUUGCCGUGGCACAUUAUCAAACAUCCACCAUCACCACCUAUAAGCUACCACUGUCAAGUUCUACCAAGCCCAUCGACAGUUUGAAGUAUACAAUGAGCAGACCUGGUCCUAACGCAGGUAGAGGUAAAGACCUAUCUGAAGAGACAUCGCAAGCUGUACUUCAUCUAAAAGUACUGUCAUCCAGCCGAAACCAUUAUUCGACGUCGCCUCGCCUGUUCAUUUCAAACAAGAUUUGA